UCACGGUAAAUGUCUGGCAUCCAAUCAUUUUCAGUCUCGCGCUAUUUAUUGAAAACCAAAUUGUAGACUAAGACAGUUGUUUGGCCUUUGGACUGUUUCGGACACCAUCACUCAAAAAACCAUGGAGACGAAAACACUUUUAAUUUGGGUUUUAGCGGCAUUUUUGGCUUUGAUUGAUGUAUCAAAUGGAUCAAAAGAAUCAAAACUAAGUCAUGAGGAUUCCGAAGUUAAGUCAAUAAAGAGACGAUCCGAUCCUAUGGAUGACAUUACAGACUCGUACGAGUUUUCAAACGAAGAUCUAAAUGAACUUGUUAAAAAGGGUUCGCUUUUCCGAUUUGGAAAACGAGGUGGGUUGUUUAGAUUCGGGAAGAGGGGCGAGGAAGAAAAGAGGGGCUCGUUGUUUAGAUUUGGAAAACGUACAGACGGUUAUUACGUGUCUCCGUACGGAAGCAGUGAAGGAAUUCCAGAUCGGGAUGAUAAAAGGGGAAGUCUUUUCCGGUUUGGCAAACGGUCAUCUUUGUUCCGAUUUGGUAGAAGUGUCGAUAAUGAGAAACCACAUAUGCCAUUUCGUUUCGGACGUGAGGAGGAGGAUGAAAUUUAAUUGGAAUAUGUGAACAUAUUAUCAUAUUCUCUUAAGUAUGUGUAACAUGUAACAGAAAUGCAACAUUGUUUUUCACAUGAUUUGUAAUCAUUGUAUAGAAUGAAAGGGUUAAUCAUUUCACGUAGGGAAGGAUACGCCAUUAGAUUUAAUGACAUCUCAUUUAUAGAAACCUUCCAUUCUAAGAGGGAUACAUAUUACUUAUCGAAACCAUACAGUCAUGUUAAAUUUAAUUUAUUUCAAUCUUUUGGAUAAUUAGUAUUGUACAUGUUAAUUAGUAAUUCGGUGAUGGAGAAGGAUAAUAAAAGGAAAAGAAAUGGCGAGAA